AAUAACCCGAACAUUGUUGACAUGCAGGGCACGUGCAAACCAGACACGAGACCGUGCUUGAUUGAUAUGGCUGGGAAACGUACUGGUUGCGAAACGAGUGAUCUGGUGGAAGAAGCAGCGACACCUUGUAAGAAUCUUCGUGGUAAUGACGAAGACAUCAUAUUCUUAAAUUUCCCGGACAAACUUUGCAGGCGAAUAGCGAUUCGCUUGGGUGAAUUGUGUUGUAGUGGUCAGUAUACGUUCUCGGCAUUGCAAUUUUUGAAUUGCAAUGGUGCAGACGAAACAGGAGGUGUCCCUUUCUCGAAAGCUUACUGCAGUAUCAAACCAAUUGGAGGAAAACGAAAGAUUUUUGGAAGUAUCUUCAAGAACGGCCUUAAUCUUCUCUCCGAAUUCGUUGAAAAAAGGACAAUUCCACAGAAUCGACAAGAAAAGUUUGUUCUACGCAAACUCUUACAAUAUCUGACUGAUAAAGAUGCACAGGCUGCCCUUAAAGACUUGGACAAAUUCGAGGAGACACAUUUGACAAUGGUUCUUGCAAACCAUUUGUUUGGAAAAUUAGCAACAUCAUCAAAAUAUACCAUUGACAAAAGUUGUGAUGGAAAAGUUGAGAAAUGCCCGUGUAGAGCUCAGUGCCAGCUAACAGGAAACUUUGGGGAUACAAGUAUAGGAAAUGAAGAGGUGUGGCAUGGCAACUUGAAUAUUGUAGUUAACAAUGAUGUGAUAGUGAGUCGGCUUGUUGAUGAUCCGCAAUGUCCAGGCGGAAAGUCAUCAGAAGAAGCGAAGACGAUAUCCUCCACUUCAAUUCUUAAACGGAAUCCACAGAUCAUUGCCCAAAGUGUUGUGUUUUCUUUUCUUCAGAAACAAACACAUCCUUUAAGUAGGCACUUCAUGUUUCCUUGUAUUGGAAUAGGAAGUGGUGGCUUAGUAGUUUAUUUCUAUGAUUCAGAACAUGAUGUUCUUCUAGAAAGUACAUACAUUCCAUUACUUGUCGGACCAACCAGUCUGGAAGACCGGUACCCUUCAAAGUUGAACUUGAUUACCAUUUUAGUGUCAUGGUUUGUGGUAAACUACAAGUAUUUAUGUAGUGGUUUGCCAGAGUCUCUAAAAACUGAUGGUAAAGCCAAUUUCUUCACACAAGCAAAGGCAAAAUUAGAUAUUUAUGAAAACUGUCUGAAAGCAGGAAAUGUUGGUGUUUCAGUUUUUCAUCAUGACACUGAUUCAGAUGUAGAUUCGGAUUCAGAUGCAGAUUUUUUUACAGAAAUGCAAAUUAAGCUUAUCAGAUUAGCUCGGAAAGCAAAGAAUGCAAAGGAAAGAAAUCAAGAGGUUGAUUAAUCACAAGACUUACAUAAUGUAUAUUUAUGUAAGUGCCAUUUAUGUGUUCCUUUUGUUUCAUAUAGAAAUUUGGAUAAUUUAGCAUAUCCUUUGGCAUCCUUUGGCUUUCCUAAAAAUAAACGUUAAUUAUGCCUGAUUAAUCUGGUACAGUAAGCAGGCUUGGUGAUUUAACAAGACAUUUAUGAUUGACCAAACAUGUUUGUAUGGAAUAUUUAAUACAAAUGAGUCAUUAAUUUCA